CCUUCUUACCUUUGUGUACAUUUGGAGGGUCUGUUGUGUUUGUGAAUGUGACACGGGAUUAUCCACAGGUUCUUCAUGCCGUGCGGGGAUUUUAACAACAGAGAUUGUGACCAGGACAAAACGGAAAAUUAACAGAAUAUCAAAGGGAGUUGGGUUAGACGACAUCCUCGAUUUUAAACCGAGUGUGUCCUUUUGUUUUUAUUCACGAUGACACAAGUGGCCAGUCCCGUUUCACUAAUGGAGUCUGAGAUGAUGUUUCAACCAGAGUCAGAUCAAAUACCUCCAGCUGAACCUAAGUCUCCACCCCUGGACUUAAUCGACACAGGGAAAGGACUGAAGGUUCAGACUGCAACACCUCAUCUGGUUAGUCUGGGCAGUGGGAGACUGAGUGUGGCAAUCACCCUGUUGCCACUAAAAGAAGGGGUGACACGUAUUGGCAGAGAAGAUGCUCUAAUUCCUCAAGACAUCACAAUCCAGGGACCUGGCAUUGAAGCAGAGCACUGUAUUAUCAUCAAUGAAGGAGGUGUGGUGACCUUGGACCCCUGCGGUCAUCUCUGCAGCCUAGAUGGAGUCCAGGUCACUGUGCCUACACCACUUACACAAGGAUAUUCACUGUGUUUGGGUAAGUCAUAUUUGUUCCGCUUCAACCAUCCUGAAGAGGCCAGCAGAAUGAAGAGCAUGAUUCCACAAAAGAGCCCAGUAUCAGCUUUAGCCUACAACACAGACUAUCUGAAGUUUAGCAGUGACUACAGCCAUGCAGUGGUGGGGGGCACCAGUAGUGCUAGGGGCAUGCGGUCAGCCUCUGAGCUUAGGGACUUGAUGGACACCCUACAACGCAAGAAAAUUGCCCUUGAAAACAGCCUCAGAGCCAAUGGAAAUGCUAACCCCUCCUACUUCAGUGUAACACAGUCUCCACCCACCACACCUGUCUCAAGUCCUGCAAUGUCUUCAUCGGCCUAUCAGGAGCAGGCAAGACGUUUGUAUGGCUCAGAUCGUCCACCUGUGUCUUUGAAAUCUGCUCCCCAUCUUUCACCUGGACGACGAUCUGACCCUUCAUCUCUGGGUUUGCGCUCCUCAGUUAACCGCGGUCAGGACAACGGCGGAAUCAGCGAUAGCCGGCGACUGCACAACCCAGGUUCCUCUCCUUUACUGUCCACGUGGAACGGUGGAGGUUCUUCUACUUCCGUUGCCAGUAGCGAUAGUUUCCUCCUCUCUCUUCCUCCUUCCUCCUCAUCCCGCACUCCAUCAACAGGAGGUGCAGUCAGCAUGCCCUCAAGCCCUCGCCUAGGCCGCCGUACUUAUGGGAACCAAGAGUCAUCUUCCAGCGGUCGAACCAGGAAAUAUUCAACAGGCUCACUGAAUAGUAUGACGACAGGAGGGCAUAGCCGCUCUCUGCCUCGCCUUUGUCCCUCCCCAUCUCCCCGUGGUGAUAGCAAUGGAGCGCUGACCUUGUCAACACUUCCUCCACGACGGUCUGAUAUUGCCGGGGGUUACAAAUUUAGCAAAGAUGCUUACAACGGUCAGAAUACCAGCGCUGACCUCAACCACAACUCUAGUUACUCCUGCCAGCAAACCUCCAGCAGGAAUCAAAUCCAGGCCACUUCUCAGGGUGAAAGUGUUGUGUCUAUCUCCCUUUCCUCCCCUAAGAGCUCCUGCUCCACCAGUCACCCCAUCUCUCCCACAGCUGCCCCACCAGAUGUGACAAUCCCAUCAAAACCAGGAGGAUCCUCUUCCCCUCGUGUUGCCAAAAAACUCAGCCUAACCUCCACCAGCUCAUUGGGCUCUGUCAGCUCCACAAGUUCUAGCCCUCCAGAGGUAGAGCGUCUGGCCAGCCAAGGAAUCUCCUCAGGACUAGAUCUGUCUUUUGGUGAGAGAGAAAAACGAAGAGGAGGCCUAGAACUCAACUGUGCUCCUGGGGAAGGACUUGGAGAGCGGAGAGCUUCAUUUGGGAAGGCAGGGCUGGAACAUGGGGUGGGCCUGGGGGAGAGGAGGCAGUCAUUUGGAAAGGCAGGGGUGACUCCACCUGGGGGAUUUAGGGAAAGAAGGGGGAGUAUCAGUUCACUGAGUGGAAAGGAAGAAUUGACAGAUUACCAUCAGCGACAAAAAGAGGAGAGACUUCGUGAGCAGGAAGUAGAGAGACUGGAGAGGCAGCGGCUAGAAACCAUCUUGUCUCUUUGCUCUGAGCUGGGUCGGGCUGAAUGUGAUGGAGGUGGAGUAGCUCAGACCUCCGCUUCAGCUGUUGCAGACCUUCAGAAGAUCAACCAGGAACUCGAAAAGCUCCAAGUGAAUGAUGACGACGAUGAAACGCCAUCUGUGUUUUCGGACUCUUCGAUUGUUAACGGAACAGCAGGGAACAGUCACAUGACUUCUCCUGGACCAGAGAACGGUUACUAUGAUGAUGAUGAUGAUGAUGAUGAUCUGCAGGUACGACAGAGACGCAGCAGUGGACACAGAGACUUCAGGGCUGAGUCAGCUGUUGUCAGUCUGCGGGGGUUCGCUCCCUCACCUUCUCCACGCACACAGAAAAGAAAUGAGACUUUUGAGGAUUCAACUCAUCGUCGAGGACUAGACUUGAUGCCUUCAGAGGAGGAAGUGAGGUGUGUGGAGGAGGAGAGAAUUCAGGUGCUGAACAACAUGGAGGAGUUGGAGCAGAAAAUCAAAGAGCUGGAUAACCAAAUGGAGGAAUCUGCCAGAGAGGUGGAGGUUGAGCGAGCGCUCGUUGAGGCAGAGCAGGAGUCAGAAGUUGCUGCUCUCCAGCGGGAAAAAGAUGCUUUGGAAGCACUUCACAGCAAGAUGGAAGACAUGGAGACCAAAUCCAAGCAGGAAAAAGAAAAGGCGUGCGAGUUGCUGCAGGCAGAAAGGGGCAAAAUAGAGAGGUUGGCUCAGAUUGUGUGUGAGCAGCGCUCCCAGCUGGACAGCUGCCCUGAAGCCACCAAGGAGCCCCUGCAGGAGCAGCUAGCCAGGGACUGUGAGAUGCUUGAGGCAGAGACAAAGCGGUUUGAGGACCUGGAGUUUCAGCAGCUAGAAAGAGAGAGUAGGCAAGAUGAGGAGAAGGAGACACAUACACAACAUCUUCUCAGGGACAUCGCAGACUACCAACGCAGCACUGUCACACGCAAGGAGCGACUGUUAACGCUGAAAAAGCAGGCAGCGCAGAUUAUCCAACAGGCUCAACGAGAAAAGGAGAGCUUCCUGAAGGAGAGGAGCAACCUUGAGUCAAUGCUGCAAAGAGAAAAGGAGAGCCUUGCUUUACUGGAAAGAAAAUAUGCUGACCUCACUGGUGGGAGAAGUUUCACUAUGAGGGAGGGCUAUGUCACUGUCAGUGAAAUCAAUGAGCUUUACUCACAGCUUGGGCAGGACCCUAAACCUUCCCCUGCCCCCUCUCUGGCCAAAGCCUCUCCCGAGUCCGAGGUAAACCUUUCCCCUGACGACGACACCCCCAAACCAACGGAGGACGAGCAUUUUCGUUUGCUGGAGGAGCGAAAGCGGUCUGAGAAGGACGGUGGGUCACAUCUGAGUGAUACUUUACCCAGAAAGAAGACCACUCCCAUGCUGAACCCUCAGUUUACAUGUGCAACACUCGGACGGAACUUCCCAACUAAGCCCCAUCAGCCUCUGGUGCAGAGUACAAGUUGUGGCAGCAUUCUUCCAAGAAUUCUUUCCUUUUCGAACAAGGAAAGUGAAACUCGACGUCUUCAUAGAGGCCAGCAAGGCUCCCGAGCAGCUUCCCAGACUAACGUCUACCUCGAUGCCUUUGGUUACCGUGACAACCAGGCCUUUGACACGAUGAGUGUGGAUAGCAGUGACUCCAUUGAAACCAGCAUCUCUGCUUGCUCACCUGACAAUGUCUCCAGUGCAAGUACAUCAAAUGUGGCGAAGCUGGAGGAGAUGGAGCGCCUGCUCAGAGAGGCACAAGCUGAGAAAAACCGCCUCCUGGAGCACAAGGAACGGGAAAUGGAAAUACGUAAACAAGCCCUGGAAGAGGAGAGGAGAAGAAGGGAGGAUUUGGAGAAAAGGUUACAGGAGGAGACGAGCAGGCGUCAGAAACUCAUAGACCGUGAGGUUAAAAUGAGGGAAAAACAGAGAGCGCAGUCCCGGCCGCUAACUCGAUACUUGCCAGUGAGAAAGGAUGAUUUUGACUUGCGAGCUCACAUUGAGUCAGCGGGCCACAGCACAGACACGUGCUUCCACUUGUCCAUCUCUGAAAAGACCUGCAGAGGUUACCUGGUCAAGAUGGGAGGCAAAAUCAAAACCUGGAAGAAACGCUGGUUCGUCUUUGAUCGCAACAGACGCACACUCACCUACUACGCAGAUAAGCAUGAAGCCAAGCUGAAAGGAGUGAUUUACUUCCAAGCUAUUGAAGAAGUAUAUUACGAUCAUUUAAAGAGUGCACAUAAGAGUCCAAACCCCUCCCUAACCUUCAGCGUAAAGACACACGAUAGAGUCUACUACAUGGUCGCGCCGUCUCCCGAGGCGAUGAGGAUCUGGAUGGAUGUCAUCGUCACAGGCGCUGAAGGGUACACCCAUUUCAUGGUGUAGUGAAGGUAGUGGUGAAGACAUGCGCAUUUGGUUGUUUAUAUUGUGUUUCUACUGACAGGAGUUUAUGUCAGUAACCCUUCAAGUAAAUGCGCCUAUUCACUUGAGAGUGGACUACAGCUUAAGAUGAACAGUGUCCGGCUGAUCUGCUUCCGUGGAAUUUUCUGACUUUAUUCCAAUUUAUUCCUAAAAGAAUACAGGUGGUGAAAAGUUUGGCUUGUUUGAUUGGUUGUCUGAAAAGAGAUGACAUUACUUGUGCUCUCUCCUCAUUGGGAAGUGUAAAAACAAACAAAAAACAUUGAGGGGAAAAAAGUGCCUUUUUAUUCUUGGGAAAACCCUGGAGAUAACCGUCGUAUUAUAGUCAAGAUGGCAGGCUUUGAUUGGUCUCAAACAUUUGUGAGAAUCUGCACAAAUAUAAAGGGCAGUAAUUCCACCAUUCAUAUGCAGUCUCUUGUUAAAUCCAACAGUAGGAUCAGAUUCAACAGUCUGCUUUGGGGUGAGCUCAGAUUUGUCUCAUAAUUUUCCUCAAGCAUAAAGGAAUCUACAUUAGCUAGAAAUGGGUUUAAUCCAAGUACUUUUUUCUUUGAGCUUUGUACAAUGUUCUUCAGAAGAGAGCAGACUGUGACUCAGCAGCUCUUUUUAGCCUUUUUGUUUUAUUUCCCCCCUCUCAGGUUUAACAGUAUGUAUGGACCUGCAUGCAUACAUCAUGAUGAUGUGUAUAUCUACACAUUAGGUAAAGAAGUGCCUGUUUUUGGUGCAUGCUUCAUGUACACAUGUUUUUACUGUGGGCUUCUAUUGUAGCUCCAAGGUGCUAUUGUUAUGCAAUAUUCCAAAAAACACCCUCACAUUAUAGUCCUGAGCAGUGGUGUAAUUAGGCACUCAACAUGGUUGAGUUUGAUUUUUUUUUCUGGUUGUUAUUAUCGUCUUUUUAAAAACACCUUAAUGUGCUGGGUUUACAAAAGCAUCGCCACACACUCUGAAACACACACUAAACAGCUGUUUAAAAGGUAACAAUAAGAACUGAUACACAUGAGAGGCACAUCGUUGUGGCACAAUGUACAUUUUGUUUCAAAAUUGUACUUUUGAAAUAUUUAGAACGGUUUAGAUUAAUUAUCAACUUAAAAGUUAGAUUUGUGCCUUUUUCUUUAUGAUAUUUUUUAGCGGCAGUAUUUUUACACACAUUCUAUCGCAUUUUUGAGACCCACAUUUAUCCAUAUACGCAAUGCCAAGGAUUAAAGUUUCUAAUUAAGAUGUCAUGCAGACAGAUUUAUGGUACAUUUGUCAAUUAUAAAAGUUGACUGAUUACUGUGCUGCUUUUAUCCACUAGCUUUCAACACAUUAUAUUUGCAGGUAUUACCACUAACGAAAUGUUGUGCUUUAAAUUAAUAUUCCACUACGAUCAGUAAAGCUGCUUUUCCAUCCAUACUAUGUUCAGUCCACUGACAAGCAUAUGUACUAUCUUGCCUUGUUGCAUUGUGUGUGUUUUUUUUUUUUUUUUUUUUUUUUUUUUACCGAAGUAGCUGUCCUAUUGAUAUGAUGUAUAUUUUUCUGUCGUCUCUAUAAGUACUCCAAGAACAAAAGUAUAUAUAUAUGUUGUCAUUUUUACCAUGUGAUGGCGCUAUUGAAUUUUUUUUUAUUUAGUUCCUUUAAUCCUAUAGUUUGUAUUUUCUAUAAUUGUUUUAUGUUCAUCUUACUGUAUUUAUGUCAUUAUCAAUGCAUGUUUCUUAAUUUUGUAUCACCAUAUGAAUAAUAAAUGAUAUAUCUUA